CACAGACUGAGGGGUAAAAGGCUACCAGAGGUACUCGUGUGGCCUCAGUGGUGAUGGUGACGAGGACACUUAUCUGAUAUUACCCCCAACAGACCAAGUUAGCAGGUCUUGAUGGAACAAGCCAAUCUGAAAGAAAGUUGGGGGAGUCACAACACAGUCUUGGGUAGCACAUGUGCUUGCUUCGGAGUCGGGUUGUCAAUCCGAACCCCUCUUCUCUGCGAGGAUGGGUUUCCUAUAAGACCGGCUCAAGGAGGGAAGAGGAGAGGGCAAGAGUAUAGCUUCUUAGGUAUCGAAUACGACGAUGGCAAACUUUGAUUGGCACGCUGAGAGAACUGAUCUGUCAGAUCUGGCUCUCCUGGAUCGAGCCCCUGAGAGUGAGGGGAUAGAUCUCAGGGCAGUUCGUCUAUAUCGCCUUGAUCGUACACGAAGCCAGAUGGUCAAAUAUGGCCUCGACGCUGCUAUCAUCAGUGAUCCCGUCAACAUUCGUUAUGUGACUGGUACUCGGAACAUGCAAGUCUUCACAGCACGGAACCCUCCCACGCGGUAUCUUCUCCUCACGGCAACUCGAUCCAUCAUGUUUGAGUUUGCGGGCUGCCUUCACUUGGCUCAAGGCUACGAGACUGUCGAUGAAGUCCGCACAGCAAAGUCUGUCACUUUUACGAGCAGCGGCCCCAAGAUUCACGAUAAGGAGAGGAAAUGGGCACAAGAGAUGGCUGAUUUGGUUGAGAGUCUUAUUGGAAAACGGAAUGCUACACUUGGUCUGGAGCGUAUGAAUGCAAACGUUGCUAUCACCCUCAAGGAGCUCGGCCUCAACAUUGUGGAUGCUCAACAAGCCAUAGAGAUGGCAAGGACUAUCAAAUCGCCUGAGGAGGUCAAAUGCAUUGUCGCAUCUCUUCGCGCAACAGAGGUCGCUGUGGGCAAACUCCGCGAUGCAGUCUCACCAGGUCUUACGGAGAACCAACUCUGGUCAGUCAUGCACAAAUCUGUAAUUGAGCAGAACGGAGACUAUGUCGAGACUCGACUCCUCGGCGCUGGACCACGAACAAACCCUUGGUUCCAGGAGUCAGCAAGUUAUGUCAUCCAGAAGAACGACCUCGUGGCUUUAGACACAGACGUAGUCGGUUGCCAUGGAUACUACUCUGACUUCUCACGAACGUUUCACGCUGGCCCAGAUCCUCCUACCGAGGAGCAAAAAGAGCUGUACAGGACUGCACUUGCACAGGUUAAUCACAACAUGAGCAUCCUCAGGCCGGGCUUGACCUUUCGCGAGUAUGCAGAUCUCGCGUGGGAUAUUCCUGAGCAGUAUUGGGCCAACCGGUAUUUUGUCUCGGCCCAUGGCUGUGGGCUUACGGGGGAGUAUCCGUAUUUGUAUCAUCGAGGAGAUUUCCCAGAUGCUGGUUAUGAUGGUGUUAUCGAGCCGGGCAUGGUACUUUGCGUGGAGAGUUAUAUUGGCAAGGAGGGUGGUACACAGGGUGUCAAGCUGGAGCAACAAGUCCUAAUCACCGAGACAGGGAUUCAGGUUUUGUCAAAGUUCCCCUUUGAGGAGGCUAUGCUGAAGUGACUGGGGCAAGUCAACUAUUCUAUACUAUGUUAUCUG